CAGUCGGCGAGCGGCGCGCGGCGCGGGAGGUUUACGCCCGCCGCUGCCAUCCUAGUGGUUAUUACACUUGUUGUAAAGACAAUUCGGAACUUUUAUUUUUGCUGGAAAAUUUGAAGCAUUUUUAUUUUAAAAAAAAAUGCAAUAUGCUUUUUUUAAAAUAAAAAAAGUUCUCAUCAUACUAGCUUUUACUUGUCUAGCAACUUCUUAUUGUGAAAUUUUCUGAUGUUUAAAUAAGAAAUAACUCGUGGAAAUAUUGAUUUAUCAAUUCAGAUAUUAUUUUAAUCUUACUUUUUAAACUUUAUAAGAAUGAAAGAAAUUCUCAAGACUGAAAAUAUAUUGGCGCCGUUUUGGUGGGUUUAGUUAUCACAUUCAGCGGAUUAAAAAAAAAAAAAAAUUAGCAACACUUGUUUGAACGUGGGUCGAGCGCAAAGAGGAUAGAAGCUGCGGAACGCGACAACCUCGUUGGGCGGGCGGCCCACCUGCACCCCCCCGCGCGGGAGCAACAAUGGACUGGACCGACGACAAGUCCCUGCAGCUGAUCGAGCUGUACUCGGAGCGGAGCGUCCUGUGGCACGCCGAGCACCCGCACUACAAGAGCCACUCCAAGAAGAACGAAGCGUGGUGCGACAUCGCCGCCGUCAUUGCCGUCGACGCGGGCGAGGCCAAGAGGAAGAUGGCGUCGCUGCUGGCGACCUACCGCAAGGUCCGCCACAAGGUGCUCAAGCUCAGGGAGAAGGGGGCGGGGGCGGACGAUCUGUACGAAGUCACGUGGUUUGCCUUCGAGAGCUUCUCGUUCCUGGAGCAGUCGUACCAACCGAGGCCUUCGAGGCAGCUCAUCAAGUCCGAGGACGAUGACAAGGCCCUGGCGGUCCGGGCUAGGAGGAAGAGGAAGUGCGGGAGCGUCUCCAGCGAGGACAGCCAGGCGCCGGCGAGCGACUGCACGGCCCAGCUGAGCAUCGCCGGGCCCAGGAGCGAGUGCGGCGAGUUCGAGGCAGUCGGCAUCAACGUGGCGGCCAAGCUGAGGAGGAUGGACCCGGAGCAGCAGAUACACGCGGAGUUCCUCAUCAGCAAAGUUUUGAAGAAAGGAUUGCUGAACCAGUUGACCGAACAUUGUGAUGUUGGAUAAGUUAGACCAUUUUUAAUUUUUAUUUUAGUGCCUGUGACCGUUUACAAUAAACAACAUGCUGUGCCUACAUGCCAUGGUAGGGUACAUACACAGUUUCUUAAGGGGAGAGAUAGAAAAAACAUCAUGGUUUCAACAGUUUUUUUUUACCUGUCGUUUGAUAUUCAAUAUUUGGCGUUGUUAAAACUGAAGUAAAUAGUGACUAACUGCUACAAAUAUUUAACCCUGUGAACUCAUUGGUGUCUAGAAUGUAAUUCAUUGUAAUAAUGCUGUCAGCAGACAUUGUCUUAAUGUUAAUAUCGAACAAUAAAUUGUUAUGGCAUAAAAUUUUAGAAACCUAUAAAUAGUUUCUCGAUUUUAUCCCUCGCCCUUAAGGGAAUAAUAAUGUUCAAACCUUUGAGAGUAUGUACCAUGCCUUUUUUGUUUUUAAUUUUGAAUGUAUUUGUAUGUAUAUUAUUUAUGCAAUGUUUGGAAUAAAAUUUUAAAAAAAGACAUAAGCAUAAAACUGAAAAUUAAUCUCUGUGUUUGAGAAGUGUUUUCACAUACAAUUCUAAAUUAAUCUGUAUGCCUCCUCUUAUGUCGUUACUUGUUAAACUCGACUUUAUUUUGUAUGUAAUGAAAAUUAAUUUUGUAUUGAAUAAAAAGCAAUGAAUUUAUUUUA